AUGCCUCGAAAGUCAAAAAAAUCAAAGAAAGGCAGUAAAAGAAGAAGCAAGAAGAGCAGCAAAAGAAGUUCAAAGAGGCCAGUUAAGAAGGCCCUAAAGAAGAAGUCCUCGAUUUUUGAUCCUGCCCAAAGGGCCGCCGCCCGUGCUAGAGCACUGGAAGCCCGAUUAUACUUUCAGCGCGCUGCGAUCUCAGCAAAGGAUGCCCAAUUGCAUCAUGCUCGCGAGCUGCAAACAAGCGCUGAGACUGAGCUAAAGGCGUUCAAGGAGGACACAAAAGAGACCAUGGCUUUUGCGGCCUUACAGCAUGAGCACACUGUCGCGCGACUUAGUGACAGACUCCAGGAGCUCUCAACAGCGAACGCUAAUCUUUUGCAGGAGAAGAACGACCUUGAAGAGAAGCUAAAGAAUACGCUGGAUGAGUUGAAUUCAACUGUGGCUUCCCGCGAUGCGGAAAUAUCCAGAUUGAAUGAAGUGAUCAAGGAAUCGCAUUAUAAGUAUGAGAGGAUAAUUGGACAGUUUACGGACAAUCUGAUGGAGAAGUUUGUAGAAAGUUGGGAUAAUGAGAAGAAAUUUAUUGAUGAAUUGGAAGGGGACACUUACGAUAAGUUUCUGAAAAAUGGAUUUCUGCCAAAUUUUGAUGACGAAUCAUGA